GAUGGCCGCUUGUUAUUUUGCCGAAAUGAGUUACGUGAAGCCGCCUGCAGCAGAUGUGAUGAAAGGCAUGUUCAUCCCAAAGCUUAACGGUCAAGGAGCUACUGGAGAUGCCAUCGCCUUAAUGGGAGCACUUGUUAUGCCGCACAACCUUUUCCUUCACUCUGCUCUGGUUUUAUCAAGGAAGGUACCACAAUCUGUCAAGGGCAUCAAUAGUGCGUGCAGAUACUUCCUUAUUGAAAGUGGAUUUGCAUUGUUCGUCGCUUUUUUGAUUAAUGUGGCUGUAAUCUCUGUCUCGGGAACUGUUUGUUCAGCUAAUAACCUCACCGCCGAAAAUGCCGAGCGGUGCAGUGAUUUAACCCUCAACAACGCUUCUUUUCUUUUACAGAAUGUUUUGGGAAAAUCAAGUUCAACAUUCUAUGCGAUUGCACUGCUAGCUUCAGGACAGAGUUCAACCAUUACUGGUACCUAUGCAGGACAAUUCAUUAUGCAGGGGUUCUUAGACCUUAAAAUCAAGACAUGGUUGAGAAACUUAAUGACUCGAUGCAUAGCAAUUGCACCUAGCCUUGUUGUGUCCAUAAUUGGUGGAUCAUCCGGAGCCGGGGGACUUAUCAUCAUCGCAUCGAUGAUAUUGUCCUUUGAGCUUCCAUUUGCUCUCAUCCCACUCCUCAAAUUCAGCAGCAGUGUUACCAAAAUGGGUCCUCACAAGAACUCCAUUUAUAUCAUUGUGGCUUCAUGGAUUCUGGGGUUAUGCAUCAUUGGGAUCAACAUCUACUACCUGACCACAGCUUUCGUAGGCUGGAUAAUACAUAAUAACCUACCAAAGGUGGCAAAUGUAUUUAUCGGGUUACUUGUGUUCCCACUCAUGGCCAUAUACAUUAUUUCUGUCAUCUACUUAACGUUCAGCAAAGACAGAGCGGUGACUUAUGUAGAUGUACUACUAGAUGGCCAGAACAAUAAAUUGGAGAAAGGGUUGAAAAAAGAUGACGAAGAAGAUGAUGCUGUGCCUUGUAGAGAGGAUCUUGCUCACAUCCCACUCCCUAACUAAGGUAGAGAAAUAUAUUUAUGCACCAAGUGCCUCUAGAUGAUUGCUUAACACCGCUAUCUUGGUGUGGAGUUGCCAAAAUUCAGAGAGGGUUUGGAGAUUUCCCUUUUUUUGUGAGUGUAAGUUUGUAUUACAACCCUUUCAAUAAUUUUACUUGUACUGUAUUUCACUUCUGGUUGUAAUUUGUAGAUUUAU